AUGGAACCAAAAAAAGAGAAAUCAUUUAAUGAUGUUAUGUCCUAUUGGGCAGUCAAAGAUACAAAAGAAAAAGAUUUAAAUAUAAGUAAAAGUGGAAAUAAAUUACCAAAUAUUUCGCCCUUACAACAACAAAUAAUUAAUAAAGAAAAUAAUAAUAAUAAUAAAAAUAAUAAUGAAAAUUUACCAGAUGAAAAUCAAAUUGAACAAAAAGAAAUUGAGCACCAAGUAGAACAAAUUGAAAAAGAAAUUAAAGAAAACUUAGAAAUUAAAGAGGAAUUAGUAGGUGAGGAAAAUAUACAAGAAGAAAAACAAUCAAUUAAACCACAAUCACCAGAAAUAAAAAGAGAAUCAUUAAAUUUCUAUAGUUCCACUGAUAUUCUUGAAAAAGAAAGAGAAAUUCAUGAAGCAGCAGAAACUGUUAUUGAAACAGCUACAACUCCGUCAAGAACACCAGCAACCAACUAUGAUAUAUUCACAUAUAAAGCUCAAGAAGAUGAAAAAUUAGUAGUAGGUAGUGAACAGCCACCACAAAAUGAAGAAGAAAUGAUAUGUAGUAAUCAUUCUUUCUAUAGAGCAACAAAUUCAGAUUCAUCAUCAACAGGUUAUUCCGGUGUAUAUUCAGCUCAACAAGAGCAACAAAAACAACAACAACAUAGACAACCACAACAAAAACAAUCAACUCAAACUGAUUCAUAUGGAUCACCAAUGUAUUCUAGUGAUUCAUAUAAAAGUAAUGUUGAUUCAAGUUCAACAGGUGGUUCAUCUUCAUAUAAUCCAUAUGGUAUUGCACAUUAUAGUGGUAGUGAUAAUGGUAAUGGAUUCUAUAGUAGUGAAAGUGGUGAGAGUUCAACAAGUGGUGGAUCAAAUUAUUUACCAGGUGAAGAAGAAGAUGAAGAAUUCUUUGUUUCAACAAAUGAUAAUAUUCAUAGAGUUAAUGUAUUACCAGUAGAAGCAACAUCUGGUUGUUCUUGGACAAACUCUGGUGAAGAGAAUAAUUGGAAUUCAACUUUUCAACAUUUUAUGGAUUUACCAUGUUCUGAAGAAAAAUAUAAAAAUUUAUCAAAUAUUGCAAAUGAUUUCGUUUAUUGUGCAGAUUCAUUUGGUAAAAUUAUUAUUUCAGAACUUCAUUUACCAAUUGAUCAAAAAACAAUUAAACCAUUAGAUUUGGGUGGUGUUGCUGGUGGUUAUAAAUAUAAAUGUCAAGAUAUUAUAUUUAAAUUUGUAGUUGAUACAGAAUUAAUACCAGGAUUAUGGAUGUAUGGUGAACAUAAAAGAAGUGAUGAAAGAGCCCAAAAAUCAGCAGGACAUGAAAUUAAAGGUUUAAAUCAUUUUAUGGAACUUUCAACAUUAAUUAGAUUCCCAUUGAUGGCAAUUAUUGAUUAUCGUGGUUAUAGAUUAUUGGCAAUUUCAUCAUUACCAAUCAAUAAGGGUACAAUUGUUUAUGGUUCAUGUGAUGGCGGUAAAACAGUUCAUAAAUCGGAUCCAGCAGUAAAUGAAGAGAUGGAACGUAUGGCAAAAUUAAUGAAUCUAAGAGGUCAUGUUGUUGGUGCAAAUAAAGUAUUCAUCUAUGGUCCAGGUGAUAUUGAAAUUCAUGCAGGUCUCGAUGGUAGAAAGUAUAUGUUAGAUUUUGCAAGAGUUUUCCCACCAGAAUUCCCAAAGAUUCUAAGUACAAACAAAAGAAUUGGUAGAGAAAUUUUCUAUUCAAUGGUUAGACCUGAACUUUUAUCAAAAUCUGAUCUUCCAAUUAGUUCUGAUGCUUUCUCUGGUUGGCAAACUGAUAAUGCAGAUAUUGUUAAAGAAUUAAAUGAUGAUACUAAAAGAUUAUCAGAAAGAUUACAUUAUGAAAUUAUACCAGAUUGUAUUAAAAUUAUUGAAAGCUCAAAACAAAACAAAAAAGGUAACAACAACCAUAACAACAAUAAUAAUAAUAAUAGUAAUAAAGAUUUAACAUCUUUAAUUGGUACAUCAUCAAAUUCAGCAUUUUCAAGUAAUAGUACAAGAACAGUUAUUUCUCAUAGUGGAUCAGGUGAAUUUUCAACUUAUUCACCAUCAGUUUUAACCUCUGAUGAAUUGGAAGAAGUUUCAUUAAAUUUUGUAAAUGUUGGUGGUAAAAUUAAAAAGACAGAAAAAGAUUUCUCUGAAAAAUCAUUGGAAGUUUUAAAAAUGAUAGAUUUCUUACAUUCUCGUGGUGUAAAUCUUCGUUAUCUUGGUAUCAUUAGUAAGAGUGUUAGUGAUAGAGAAAUUAAAAAUCUUCUCCUUACUGAAGUGGUCGCAAGAGUUUGGAAAAAGAUUAUUAGAUCUAGAAUUAGAGAGAAAAUGGAUUCAAGUAAACGUCCAUCCGAAGGUCCAUAUAAACAUAUUAUGUCUGAUGUUUUCGAAGUUAUUCUCACAACUAAUAAAGCAAAACAUCGUGAAUUUUGGACUGAAACUUCUAAAGGUACAUUCAAAUAUGUAGCCCAACGUGUUUUCCCAAAAUGUUUAUCAAAAACUGAUCGUCAAAGUUCAGUUGAUAUUCGUUCAAUCAUUGAUACUCGUUUCUUAGCCUAUAGAAUCAUUCAAAUGAUGAAUAUUAGAAUUAAUAAUACAGCAUUUGGUCAAUUCUUAUCCAAUCCAAAAUAUGUAAUCUCCUAUAAAGAUAUCGAAGAGGUUGGUUCAGUUGUCAAGCAUCCAAAUAUCAUCGAUUUCUCUGCUGGUUCUUUCCUUUUCUAUGAAUCUCAAAGAAUUAUCAAUGAAACCGAUCAUUCAGAAGGUACAACACCAGUUGAAAUCAAUCGUUGGAUUGAAAAUUCUCAAAUUAAACUUAGAGCUGCUGCACGUUCAAUGCCAUUAUCAUUUAAAGUAUUGUAUAGAUCAUCAAUGACCAAUAUUUUAUUAGCAAAUAUUUCAACCAAUUUCAAAGAAUCCAUUGAAAUUUGCAAGACAACAUUGGAUAGUAUUCGUCGUACUCGUUCAAAACAUAAAGGUAUACCAGUACUAUUGGCAUUGGAAGGUAUUAUUCGUUUAAAACUUGGUAAUUAUUAUUUAUUCUGUUCUCAUAGUUAUCCAGAUUUUAAGAGAGAAAUUGAUCAAGCACGUGAAAAACUCGAAGAAGCACUAUCGGUCGAUCCAAAUGCGAUGAAUGAUUUCAUAGCACAAUCAAUACCACUCGAAAGAUUAACAUUUAAAACCGAAGUUAGAGAUAAAGCAUUAUCGUUUAGUGAGCGUCGUAGAAACAAUGAAUUAUUCUCAAUGGUAUUAAUGAUGAAUGACAGUAGUGAACAAUCAAUCCUUCGUACUAUCUUACCAAAUUAUUUCAAAAGAAUCAUUCAAAUUAAAGAUUUCUCAAUUCCAAUUGCAUUGAGUCGUAUUUUAGGUUCAAAUGAAAUCAAUCUACUCACAAGUCAAUUACCAAAUUUACAUUGUUUCAAUGUUAAUAAUAUUACCUUUACACCAGAGAUUGGUAAAAACAUUUUGGUGAUGAAAGAUUUAAAGAAUUUGAAAUUGGAGAAAACUUUCUUUAGUAAUUCAAAAUCAACUUCAACUGAAAUCACAAGCUUAAAUCAUUUCAUUAAAUUGUUAUUAACUGAAUCAAAAGCAUUGGUCUCCUUACAAUUGAAUUCACGUGCUAUUGAUGAUGAUGUAUUCGAGGGUAAUUAUCAUUUGUUUUCAAAUUUAUUAAAGUUAACAUUGGUAGAUACCUACAUUACCGAUAAAACUUUAAUUGGCUUAGCUCCAUAUUUGGGUAAAUUAGUAUCACUCUCUUUAACUGCAAGUCGUGAUUAUAAAGAUGAGGGUUUAAUUUCAGUGUUAGAGUCUGCUCAAAAAUUAAAAAGCCUUUGUGUUUCUUAUAAUUCUAAUAUCACUGAUAAAUCUGCACAAGUUAUUUCAAAAUAUUCCUCUGAACUUACUGAACUUUAUUUGAGUCGUUCUAAAAUUUCAGCUGCUAUGAUUGCUGAAAUCGUAUCAAAAACUCCAAAAAUUCGUAUUCUCGAUUUAUCAAGUUCUUUUGCCGAUGUUUCUAUGGUCUAUAGUUUAAAUCAUCAUGGUUCUAAACAUUUGGAACAACUUUACCUCUCAAACACUGAAAAGAUUGGUGAUGAUUAUUUGGAUUUACUCUUAAAUUUAAGUUCAACUUCAACAUUAAAAACUAUUCAUAUGGCUGAAACUGAUGCAUCUGAUGAAUUGGUUUGGAAACUCUUUAGUAAGAUGGAAAAUAUUCAAGAGUUAAAACUUCCUGCUCAUUUCCAUUUACCAUCAUUCAUGGAAUGGUUCGAUGAAAACACCAACGUUAAUAGCGAUGAUAUGAUGAUGAUCAAUUCAGUUUCGGAUCAACCACUUUAUAAUCUUAAAACUCUUGAUUUAACAAUGGCAGUUGUUUCAUUACAAAGUAUUCAACAAAUUUUCCAACUUUGUCCUCAACUUGAAAAUUUCACUUUCUCAGCCGUUACCUUUGUUAAUGAUCAAUCCAUAGUUAUUGAUUGGUGUGCCGAUGAAUUACUCUUAUUCUCAUUCUUUGGUCUCUUUUCAAAUUUAAGAGAAAUUAAUUUAUCAAAUUCAAAUAUUGAACCUCGUAAUAUUAGAACUUUAAUUUGUAAAUGUCCUUCUCUUAGAAUUAUUCAUUUAUGGAAUUGUAAAAAUAUUUCAUCUCAACAAAUUUAUGAUUUAUCAGUUCAAUAUCCUUAUAUUCAUUUCGAUUAA